UGGCUGGCUGGCUGGCUGAUGCCCGACGACGUGAGAAAGUCUCAUUACACAUCGGGACGUUCGGUAGCGAGGCGGGAUUUGCAUUUUCCGCUCCUUGCUGCACUUCGUCUUUUAUAUAUUUUUUUUAAAUAAAUAAUACGAGAAAAACUCUCUGUAUUUGAUAUUUGGUCGUUAUUUCUGUUCAUCGAAUGUCAAUUAAACAAACAACGUACUUAAGAGAUAAAGGAAGACCAAACCGAAAGGACCAAAAAACUUUUGAAUUGAAUUCAACCCACGCAUGUACUACAUGUACACGAGUUACACUGUACGUUGCAUUGAUUGUUGUUCAAACGACAAUUUUUAAAAAAAAAACAAUAAACAAAAAAGAAAUACCGGAAAGGAGUGAGGCGAAAUAUAUAAAGUAACAUGGAAAUUGUAGAGACUCCUCUUUCGCCCCCAGCGUCACCAAGGCUCAGGCCAACACACGUAGAACCAAUGCAAUUGUCCUUCAGCGUAGCUGCGCUUCUCGGUGAUAAACUAUCCGAAAAAGGAUGUUGCAACAGCGGUAACAACUCCAUGAGCAUCAACAAAAACAACAACAACAAAAACAACAACAACAAUGGAAACGGCAUUAUAAAAGUAAACUUGAACUACAGGACGGCUUCGACGCAUCCUGACCUACCGCCAACACCGCAACCAUCCGAUGGUGAGGAUGAUGAACCACCGAACAAACGACGAUGUGUCGAGAGAUGCGAGCUUGCCAAGUUACUGUUGGGAGGAGAAACGCCGCCACCGAGUCCGGAGCCGCCUCGAGCCUCGGUGAUAAUGCGAGCGAAUCGUGAUGGAACAUGCAGCCCGGCGACUCUGUCGGAUCUAAUCUGCAGACCCGGAAGUUCAACCGAAGCGCGGGAAGAGCGUCCAGCCGCAGCAGCGCCGCCGCGUCGGCCAUCGCCAGACCCGCAGACGGAGAAUGUGCUGAAGAGCUUAAAAUUCAAAAUGGGAACCCGAAAAGAGGAGAUAUUUGUGAACAGCAAGAACACGGACCGAGACACCAACGUGGCUCAACCAAAGCUCCAACUCUUGGCGCCAAAACCUGCUCCCGUCACAAUGGUUACCGGAAUCGUCGGCUCUCCUUUGGUCCUUCCGCAAGCUCCGCUCUUCCUGGUCACAACUUCGGCUGCCGCACCGUCGGCGGCGCCACCGUCAACGACUCCGUCAGUAUCCGCAUCGGCCGCCCGACGUCGCGUUUGGGAGUGCGAACACCCGGGUUGCGGCAAAAACUAUUUCAAGUCGUCUCACUUGAAGGCCCACACCCGGACGCACACCGGCGAACGGCCCUUUCCCUGCCCUCACGAGGAUUGCGGGAGGCGGUUUUCCAGGAGCGACGAACUCUCCAGACACAAGCGGACGCAUACGGGCGAGAAGAAGUUCGUUUGUCCUGUAUGCCAGCGCCGUUUCAUGCGUAGCGACCAUCUCGCGAAGCAUGUCAAACGGCAUUCUCGAGACAGAGUUCAACCCCAGCCGCAGCCUCUGAGGCUCAGUCUGCUGCCCGUUAUUGCGCCCCGAGUUCAAAAUCAGCAGAAUCCACUGCCUCCUAGAUUGGCAGCGUGAUCAAUGCUCGCUUGAUCAUGAUUCAACGUGUGACUGUGAUUUUCACAUAUUGUAUAUAACACGAUAUUUUUCAGAGAUAUAAGAAGGAGAGAAUGUGACUGCUUGUCUGUGUGUGAUAACGAGAAUGUUUGGAAGAAUGAAAAAGUGAGAGUAUUUAUUUUUCAUUAAUAUCGUUCCCCGUAUGUAUGAUUUUCUUUACAAUGUGUAUAACUGACUCUGUGAAAAUGUAACAGCCGUUUUGUUACAUCGUAGAAUAAUCGUUUUUUUUUCUAUUUCGUACACCGGGUACUCGGGGCGCCUUAUAUUGUAAAGUAUGUACAUAAUUAUUAUAGAUUGUAUCAUACGUAUUGUGUGUCCACGAUACAAAAAAGGAAAGAACCACACAUUGUACAUUACGAGCUUACCGAAUUAAGCUUCUGUCAACACAAGACUUAUUACGGAUAAUGAAUAAAACAAAAAACAAA